UUUUUUUUUUUUGAUGCUGGUUACUGAGUCACGUGCAGAAAUCCUGGCUCUGUGUUGGGCUGAAUACAUGCAACCUUCUGUUUCUGUCUUCAUCUCUCAUUCAAAAAUAAAAAAGAAAGGUCAUUUGGUAUUUCUUCAAGUAUUCUCAUUUCUAGCCAAUUUUCCCUCUCUCCCUCUUCUUUUUUCCUUUUUACCUUUUUUCCUUUUUUUUUCUUUUCUUUUUUUUUUUUCGUUGUUUGAUGCCUUCGACUGCAACUUCUUCUGCUCACAAACCAGUUACUGGUGUCCAUAAACUCGUCCACCGAACAAAGAAAAUGCGUUUUCCGCGUCGAGCUCGUCGGUUCCUUCAAAUGCAGGAGGAUACUGGAUAUUCAGAGGGACAAUUCAUGGCCCCAACGCCGUCGAUCCCUUGGAAGUCAAUUGCCUUGGCUGUUGUUCUUUUGAUCCUUGGCAUAGCUGGGCUCACAAUUGGAUCGCUGCUCAAAGUUGGUAUCAUCGUCAGCCCUGAAUGGUUGGAUAAAGGCACACCGUUACUGAUUCUUGGAGCACUAUGCUUUAUACCAGGAUCAUACCAUGUUGGCCUGGCGUACUAUGCAUAUAAAGAUUAUGAGGGUUAUUCGUUCUCGCAUAUCCCAGACUUGGAUGACUAAGCCUUUUUCUUUCUUUCUUUCUUUCUUUUUCAUUUUUUGCUUUCCUCAACUAUUGCGAUCACACUC